UUUGAAUGUAAACAAUUGGAAUUUUGUUAGUAUUUCAGGUAGAAAAUUAUGUAUUUUACAGUAUGAUUAAAUCAAAUCAUACCUUUUGAAAGAAGGUACUGCAAUUCAAUUCUACAGUAUGGCUACUUAGCAAUCUAAAGCUGAAGUUCACAAGGAGACGUAAACCACACACACUGGCCAACACAAUAAUGGCGUGUGACUCAACAAGGUUGUCCAGAUGCAGUUUGUGCGGCAAGUCUGGGACAGGCAUGAUUAAAUGCAGGUCAUGUGAGGCAGUUUGGUACUGCAGUGAGAGUUGCAGGAUGACAGACUGGAAUCAGACAGGUGCCCUCAUUAACUACAGCCACAGGAUCUGGUGUGAGCGAUUCAAAAUCUAUAUGGACUUUGGGGCUGAUAUGGCUAAGCUUCCCUUUACAUUCAUGAAUGAGACUAGUGACCCAGAUUUUAAUGUUGAGCAAUUUUUGCGUGCACAAGGUGUAUAUCAGCAAGGGGCCUGGAAAGUUGAGGAGAUGGGUGUGAUGCAGCAGCAGACCUCAGAGAGGCAAGAAUCCCAACCUGAUGAAGACUGUAUAGUGUUGCCAGUGGAGUCUGUGACCCUUGAGAACCCCCCAUCUCCAUCUCCGGGGAAGUUGACAGACUGGGCAGGAUACUACCGGCUGCGAGGGUUUAGUCUCGACUCCCCAGUGGCAGCCAUCCUGCACUGGCCCCUCACACUUUACUACGUCAUCACACACAGCCUUCCCACACACUAUCCCCUGUGGAAGGAGUCUCUGCUAGAUAAUUAUCUUUACAUUGACGUGAUUGGUGUCUCCUUGGAAACGGAACUCAUACCUCUGUUCAAGGAGGUCAGUUACUUGCUGCCAACCUACCGCAUCAGCAUUCACAUGUACGGCCCCGGUAUUUCCAAGUCAGAAGAUGGAGGGACGUUUUCGGAGGGUGGCCUCGAAGUCAGGGUGGUUAGGGGUCUUUACCAUAAAGUGGCCCCGCCUCACAGGAAACCCUGCCUUGCAUUGGCCUACCAUGUGGGAGUGUAUGUUUUCAAAACAUGGAAAAAGACGCUAGAAAAAUUGAAAGCUGAGAAGGUUCCAACGUUCUUCACGGAGUACGGCCACCGGACAUACGAGGAGGGGCGGCGCGCCCUAGCGGAAAUGGACAUUGGUUGCUCCAUGUCCGAGCCAAUGCUGAACCACUUCCGGAGCCCACUGCGGAUCAAUCAGGAGGAAACUCUGCUUCCCUGGUACAGGAAUGCCAUCCUCUUCCAUCUCAUCUUCAGCUGAUGGAUGUUGCUUGUCCCCUGUCCAAGCCCCGUGUGAAGCACUUCCGGAGAGCACUGCAGAUCAACCUGGUGGAAACCCUGCUUCCUAAGUACAGGAACGCCAUCCUCUUCCAUCUCGUCAUCAGCUGAUUGGAUCUCAUGUUUAAGGCGUGUCUGUGCGUGACAAAGCCUUAAUUAUAUGUAUUGCUUCAUAUGAUAUAAUUAGUCUUUUUACAAGGUCAAAUAUCUAACGAUGUGCUUGCUGAACUUUUAGAAUGCUUACAGGGGAAUGUCUUCUAUUAGUAGAAGUGUGUAUAGGCCUUUCAGUUCAUUACAAGAUGUAAAUGACUGUGAUAUAAUUGCAUUGCUUGAUUUGAAAUAAUCAAUCUGGUAGCUAGGUGCAAUAUCUUAUGGCGUAGUUGACGACGCUGAUUAGGUCUUAGAAUGAACGCCUUUUAUUGUAAAGAGUGUUUUAAAUGGCCGAUGGAUUGUACUGAAUUAACAAAUGAUUUGUCUUGUGUUCUUUGAAGCAUUAUAAUUUGUCUUUGAAGAUAUGAUUGCCUAUGUAUAAAAA